CGCAGACGGACCCGUGGAUGCCCUUAAACCUUCAUGAAGCCUCAUUGACCAAAAACCUUCCUUCUUAUUUUGUAGCUCUUAGAGAUUCGUCGCGGGGAAAUGUCUCUGGCAGCGGAGGCCUUUGUGUCGCAGAUGGCGGCUGCUGAGCCGUGGCCUGAAAACGCGACCUUGUACCAGCCGCUGAAGGAGGAUCAGAUCCUGCUGUCAGACUGCGCCUCGUCUCUCGCCGUGCAGGCCUAUCUGCGGAUGUGCGGCCUCCCGGUGCAGGUGGUCUGCAGAGCCAACGCGGAGUACAUGUCUCCGUCCGGUAAAAUUCCCUUCAUCCACGUCGGAAAUCAGGUGGUUUCAGAGCUGGGACCGAUCGUUCAGUUCACCAGGGCCAAGGGUCACUCGCUGAGCGACGGCCUGGACGACGUUCAGAGAGCCGAGAUGAAGGCGUACAUGGAGCUGGUCAACAACAUGCUGCUCACUGCAGAGCUGUACAUCCAGUGGUGUGACGACGCCACGGCUGCAGAGAUCUCGCGGCCGCGGUACGGCAGCCCGUACUCCUGGCCGCUGGGCUCCAUCCUGGCCUACCAGAAGAAGUGGGAGGUCCGCCGGAAGAUGAACGCCAUCGGCUGGGGGGGCAAGAGCCUGGAGCAGGUCUACGAGGACGUGAGUCAGUGCUGCCAGGCUCUGUCCCAGCGGCUCGGCACGCAGCCAUACUUCUUCAACAAGCAGCCCACGGAGCUGGACGCGCUGGUGUUCGGACACCUGUUCACCAUCCUGACCACGCGGCUGACCAGCAGCGAGCUGGCCGAGCGGAUCAAGAGCUUCAGCAACCUGCUGUCCUUCUGCCGGCGCAUCGAGCAGACCUACUUCGAGGACAGGAGCUCGUGAGGCGGCGGCGGCGGCGGCGGCGUUCCCCCCGCGUUCCCUCGCCCCGUACAUUCUCCUCUCUCUCUCUCUCUCUCAUUCCCCUCAUCGUAGCGGUGAAGAGCUGAACGCCGCCGGCUUCUCUUCCUCCUGUCUGAUUGCAUGAUGGAGCCUUUCGGAGCGACGAGACUGAAGGAAUCACGCCGACGACGGCAGAAUAUCGGAGCUCGACACUAAUUCCAUGUUUAAAUGCAGAAGAUUGUUUUUGAGGGUAUUUGAUUUCCUCUUGAGAGGGUCGGACCGCUGAAACGGAGCCACAUCAACCUUUACGAUUAAUUUCAAAGGUUUUCUUUGUUGCGAAGUAUAAGUGAUAAAAAUACAAGAAAAACAAAAUAUUUAAGAAAAUGACUCCAGUCUCAACUUAAAACCAAUUUUAAUGAUGUGAAAUCAGAGAAAUGUUCUGAAAUUUCUCCUGCAGCUGUUGCAUCCUGGGAGAUUUUCCAAACUCCCCCUGACAGAACGGCUCUGAGGCUAGCUUGAUAGCAGGGAGCCAGUUUUUAUGGCAGCGUCACUGACAUCUCAGCUCAAAUCUCACUGCUGUGUCCAAAACUUACAAAAAAAGUCUGUUUGAAAAAAAUCUUGGCGGUUUGGCCGAAUUGAUCAAUCUUGUGAGCCGGUUUGGGUCCACGGGCCUUAUGUUUGACACUGCUGGUGGAGACAGCCUGAAUCUGUAAUUGUAAACACGAUAACAAAAACAGACAUAUUGUAGACUAAAGGUGUCAAACAUAAGGCCCGUGGCCAAAAACCGGCCAGAAGUUCCAAUCCGACCAAAACGCCAAGAAAAUUACAAACAAACAAAAAAAAAAAAUCAAUAUUGAUUUUUUAAGAGAGUUUUG